CGAUAAUAAUUAUUUUUUGUUCAAAACACUAUUUUAAAAGCCGCAUCUAGACUUUUCAAAGUGCCUUAAAAUAAACAUGGAUGAACCUCCCAAGCAUCGACCUCGCUGCUUCUUUGACAUCACUAUUGAUGGAGAAAAUGUUGGGCGCAUUGUAUUUGAAUUGUUCUCGGAUCUGGCUCCAAAAACAUGUGAGAACUUCAGAGUACUGUGUACAGGUGAGAAUGGCCUGAGCACAAAGACUGAGGUACCCCUACAUUACAAGGGGUCCCCCUUCCACCGUGUGGUGAAAGACUUCAUGGUACAGGGUGGAGACUUCACCAAAGGUGAUGGUACAGGAGGGGAGUCUAUAUAUGGAGGACAGUUUGCUGAUGAGAACUUUAUAGAGAAGCAUACAAGGGAGUUCCUGCUGUCCAUGGCCAACAGAGGGAAGGACACUAACGGCUCACAGUUCUUCAUCACUACUAAGCCUGCGCCACAUUUGGACGGGAAGCAUGUAGUGUUUGGACAAGUGAUCAGCGGUCAAGCUUUUGUGAAGAAAAUUGAAAACUUGGAGACCGACAAAAAGAAUCGCCCCCUUCAGCCUGUAGUCAUAGGCAACUGUGGGGAACUUGUGCUCCAGGUUAAGGCCAAGGCCAAGAAAACAAAACCUGUGUCUGAGGAAGAAUCAAGUGGACAUGCCAGUGACGCCAGCUCUGAAUCCAGCGAGUCUGAGGAGGAAAAAAAGAAGAAAAAGAAGAAGAAAGAUAAAAAGAAAAGGAAAAAGCAGAAGAAAGAGAAGAAAAAGAAGAAGCGAGUGGAUUCAAGUUCUGAAGACGAGGGGGAAGUGAAGGAGGAGGUGGAGCCGGCCACCGUGUUCGGGAAUAUCCGCCCAGAGGAGAUCCCAGAAGUCCCCUCCAACAACUUCCUAUCACGUGACCGCAAAGACCAGGCCCAGCCUCCAAGGGAGGAAGGCCGCACAGAAAACCAACGUACCAGGAUACGGUACACUGCGGAUGGACAAAAGAUCAAGGGUCGGGGCAAUGUGAGGUACCGUCGAAGUCAGACCCCGCCUCACUGGCGCCAGGAAGAGAGUCGCAUGAAGCCCCUCAGCAAGGACAUGGGGCAGGGGGAGGGGCAGAGCUGGUCACAUGACCGCAGUGGGCGGGCCCAAGAGGGGCAGAGGCAGCGAGGGGAGGAGAAAGGGGAGGAACCUAGGAGAGAAAGGCAGGAGAAGAGGGGCAUGAGGAUGGAUGGAAGUGAUGACGAUGACAGGAAAGAAAGGCAGAGGAAGAAUGAACGUAACAAUGCUCGUGGCGACACUGAAAGAAAUGGAGGCAAUGACCUACGUGACAGAAUCAGAAAGCGCCGCAUGUCCUCAGGACAGCAAUCACCACCAGCAAACAGACGUAGACAACAAUCCUCCUCUGAGGAAGGGGAGAUAAACGAGACAAAGUCACGAAAGAAGCAACAGAACCAAUCUGAGUCAUCAGAAUCAGAGACAGAGAAGUUACGAAGAGCUGCUCUUGAAUCAAGAGCCGAGAAAACCAAGCCACAGAAGGAGAACUCGCAAAGUAAGAAGGAUAGAAGACGGAGGGGAGACAGUGAUUCUGAAUCAUCGGAUCGCGAGCAGAGGGUUGUAAGUGUUGCAACAAAGCCAAGAAGGAGCAGUAAGACUUCAUCUGAGGAUGAGCAGGAGACCAGGAGGACAGUUUCUGUUGCUGCCAAGGUUGUCAAGGGUGGAAGGAGUGAUUCGCCUCCUAAAAAGAUUGAUAAACCUCAGAAAUCUGCAAGUAGGUCCCCCGUCAGAAGAAGUAAAUCUUCAGCUGACAAGAGAGACAGAGCAAGCAAAUCCCCUGUCAGGAGACGUAAAACGUCAGAUGACAAGAGCGGCAUCAAAAAAUCUGCAAGUAAGUCCCCUGUUAGGAGACGUAAAUCUUCAGGUGAUAAGAGAGACAGUGCAAGUGAGUCCCCUGUCAGAAGACGGAAAUCUUCAACUGAAAAGAGAGACCGCGGAAAAGAUUCUCAAUCACCAGUUAGAAAGAAGGCUUUGUCCAGGUCGCGGUCUCCCAUGCAGCAGAUAAAAGAAGCUUCACCAAAGAUACGGCAGAAGCUAAAGUCUACAUCACCAGUGGAGAAAGAAUCAGAUCGGUCAAGGUCAGCUAGAAAACGCUCUGACUCUGUCUCGAGGAAGAAAAAAUCAGUGUCGAAAUCCCCGAGGAAGAAGUCAAAGUCACCUGAUCCCAAGAAAAGGUCAAGAUCUGGGUCAUCUUCUAGUUCAAAGUCAAGGUCAAGAAAACGAAGGCAAGGUCGAAAAUCAAGGUCAGAGUCAAAAGAUAAAAGAAAUAGGACAUCAAGUUCAUCUGGCAGUAGUUCACGAUCGAGGAGUAAUAGAAGAAGUAAUAAAAUAAGGGGAGGUAUAUCUGCGAGGUAUGGUUUUCAGCGACAGUCCUCCAGUGGGUCUUCAAGGUCAAGGUCCCGUGAGAGACGUAGGCGCAUGGACAGAAGAAAGGAUGGGGCAAUGGAUCGACGGAAGAUGGAGGAAGCUGCCAGGAUGGCCCGCCAGAAGUCAGACAGCCCACCUCCUACCCACUGGAAGCCCGGUCAGAAGGCCUGGAAAAAAGUGGAUGGAGAUCCCGAUAAAGGAGACAAGGCUCUAAUCCCCCCUGUGGCACCAUAUAUGGCAGGCUCCUCCAUGGGUGGCGGGGAUGCUGAUGUGUUCACCAUGGCAACAGAGUCACCUGACCUGUCACAGACUGAUAUGAUGUCCAGCUUGGCCCAGCAGUCUGAGCUGAAGUCUGACGUACUUCCUGCAAAGAUACAGUAUCAUCUAGAUGAUCCUAACGUCAUUGCCCGUCCAAUCAAGGUCGUAGAAAAAAAGAAGUCUAGACGCUCACCAAGUAGCGAGAGUUCAAGGUCGUCUCACAGCGAGAGUUCAAGGUCAAGGUCGCGUUCCAGGGGCAGAAGUGAGGAGGAAGAAGAAAAGAAGGAAAAAGAAAAGAAAAAAGUUGAGGAACGUAUCACAUGGCAGCCACCGCCCGACCCUGAUGUUCCAAGUCCAGAGUCUCCUAGGAUCCCUCGCCCCUCUGCAGAAACUGAUGAAGCCAAUCGUUCAUCCCUGAAGACUCCUCCACUACCAAAGAUAGCUGAAGUUGCAGAGGCAACGUCAGAACUUGCCAGAAAGAAUAGGCGCUGGGACAGUGCAGAGCCAGCAGCCAAGAAAGAGAGUAUUUCCACAGCAUCAGCUGAUGCAUAUAACCCAGACUCUCCCACCAAGCCAUACGACUCACCCACAAGGGAACCUGCUCCACCCCAUAGCGACGAUGACGAGCCCUCUAGCAGUGAUGAUGAUGAUGACCAAAAUCAGCCCCAGAAGACCUCUAUGGCACCCCCUCUGCCGCCAAGCCUCCCACCCUUGCCUGAUGAGAAACCUCAACCGCCCCCUCCAGAGGAAUCUGGGGCCAUUAUUAAGAGCCAGGAGUCGGAUCUCAGACUGGUCAAAAAGUCCCCAGUCUCUGUGGAUAAGAAAGUUUCUGCAGUGUUUGAGGCCAGUCCAGUGACCUUGCCCUCCAAAAGCCAGAUUGGAGUAGUGAAGCCUAUGUCAAUCCUGCCCAAGGUCAUCAGUGCAGAUAUUCCAUUGCCUGAAAGCAAGCCUGCUGAGCCAGAUGAGCCAGCUCCAAAGCCCAGCUCUCCUGAUAAACCUGCACCAUUGGCAGCUGUUGGAUCUGAAAAGGACAAGGAAAAGGCUUCGACAUCCAAGGCAAAAUCUCCAGGAAAGUCGAGAGAUAGGAGUUCUUCUACAAGGAAAAAGUCUCCGGAAGCGAAAAGAGAAAGAAGUUCUUCUGCAAGGAAAAAGUCUCCAGAGGCGAGAUCCAGGAGGAAGAAAUCCCCAUCUCCACGCAGAGGAAGGAGGUCAGAUUCCAGGUCACCACGGAGACCACAGAGAUCAAGGUCACCUAGGAGACGGAGGUCAGCAUCUAGGUCACCCAGGCGGUCACCAAAACGACCCCGCAAGAGGUCCUCAUCUGGGUCAAGGUCACCACGCAGAAAGUCCCCUGUACCACCAAGGAGGCGGUCAAGGUCGCUUAGGAGGCGUAGGUCAAGGUCACCUCGAAAAUCUAGAUCACCAAGGAGGUCAAAAUCACCUAGAAAAUCUAGAUCCCCAAGGAGGUCAAGAUCGCCUAGAAAAUCUAGGUCACCAAGGAGGUCAAGGUCACCUAGAAAAUCUAGAUCACCAAGGAGGUCAAGGUCCCCUAGAAAAUCUAGGUCACCCAGGAGGUCUAUUUCAAGGCGAUCUCCAAGGAGAUCUCCAAGAAGAUCUCCCAGAAGAUCUCCCAGAAGAUCACCACGACGGUCAGGAAGCCGUAAUCGAAGGCCUAAUAGAAAGAGUCCAUCUCCUGUACGCAGAAAGAGAAGGCACAGCAGCAGUUCAUCGUCCAGCAGUUCAAGAUCCCCAGUCCGUGUGCGUCGCAGGAAGUCAAGCUCCAGCAGUGCAUCCAGUCCCCGUCGGCGCCGGCAGGACCGCCAAAGGAGCUCCAGUAGCAGCAGUCAUUAGUCAAUUACAUGCGCCCCCUAGAGGGGAUGUCAAAGGAAUACAUAUUAGCCCCGCUCUGGAAAGGUUAAUGUGUAUUCCCUGAGUAGCCUGUGCAGAUUGCACAAGCUCAUUCGGGACAACACUUUACGCACAUAGAUUAAACCAAGUUUUGACUUAUUGAGUGGUAUGGGGGUUUUACCCAUUACUGGGCUAGUUGUGGGUAAUUGACAUAUUGUACACUAGGGCAAUGGGUUUUAGCAUCAUCUGUGUGCCUGUUAGUUAGUCAGAUUAUGAAUGAGAUGGGACUUGAUAGCUGAGUUCUGUGUUAGUGUUUAUCUUAUGUACAAACCAUACAUGGACUCCUGUACAGUGUAUAAGGAGCCUUGCUUCUUCUUUAUUGUGUUUGUUGCUAAUAAGUGUUUUUUUAAUCUGUAUAGCAUUUAUUGAGCUUUGAUGUAGGAAUAAUUCAUUAUGAGAAUUUGAACAUUAUAAUUGAAAGAUGUGUAACAAAGAUUAUUAAUUAAGCAGUUAUUUUGACAGUUCCUCCAUCUUUGUCACAGAAUGAGCAUAGAUCUAUAUUGUUUAUAUCAUAAUUAAUUGUGAGCAUACAU